AUGAGUGGAGCUGAACAAAAGUACAACACUGACUUUACGUCAGUAAGAGUUCGGCAAAUGCCUGGAGGAAACUCAACGUUUUCACUAGGCUGGGGAGAAGAAGAAAAGACUCCUCAAUUGACAGAAGAAGAACGAAAGAAAAAAGAAGAGGAAGAAAAGAAGAAAAAGGAAGAAGAAGAAAAGAAGAGACUGGAAGAGCUCAACAGAGCAGCACCACAGCCCAAAGCUAGACCUCCACCAGGAGGACAGAGCAGUAUAAUGUUUGGUUAG